AUGACCUCCGCCCUCAAGGAGCAGUACCUGGUUGCCAUCAUCAUAAGUGAGCAGCGAUGUCAGGAACAGCUGAAGGAGACCAAUAAAACCUGCGAAGCUCUGCUCUUCAAGCUGGGAGAGAAAGCCAAGACACUGGAGAUGGAGGUGAUCAAGGAGAAGGCCGUGUGCGCGAAGGACAAGGAGGGCCUGCUAACCGGCAAGCGCCUGGCGGAGGAGCAGCUGGUGGCCUGUGGGAAGGCGCAGGAGCAUUACCGGCAGGAGAAGCAGGUGGCAGAGGAGCAGCUGAGCAAGGUGCAGGCCCUGUGCCUCCAGCUGGAUAAGGACAAGUUUGAGAUGGACGCUCGCAACCUAUGGCGGGACUCCAUCAUCCCUCGCGCCCUGGACGCCCUGGCCUACUCCUACCACCCGCUGGGGACCGACGUGGCCUCCCUCCGCAGGACCUGCGACCACAUGCCCAGCCUGAUGACCAGCAAGGUGGAGGACCUGGCCCGCAGUCUGCGCAGCGGCAUUGAGCGCGUGGCCCAGGAGAACGCAGACCUGAAGCGGCAGAAGUUCGAGGCCCAGCAGGGUCUGAGCACCUGCCAGGUGGCCCGGGAGAAAGCUGCCAAGGAGGCUUCGGACAGCCAGACCAGCCUGCAGGCCCAGUGCCAGAAACAGACGCAGCUGGCACUGGAGGAGAAGGCGGCACUGCGCAAGGAUCGGGACGGCCUGGCCCAGGAGCUGGACAGCAAGAAGCGCCAAGUAGAGCAGCUGAAGAUAGAGGUAGAGGCUCGAAUUUCUGCGCUGGACACCUGCGUCAAGGCCAAGUCACCGCCGCCAGUGGUCCUACCAAAACCCUUAGUACCGGGUCCCCAAACACCUUCAUUUGACCCUGCCGGCCUGGAGGAAUUCAAGAAGAAAAUCCUGGAGUCCUAUCGGUCCACUUUAGUCAACCCUGCAGUCCCACCCAGUGGCUGAAGAGGCUGCAGCUGGAGGACCCUGGGCGCCUGACUCCCUUAACUGUGGAUGCUUGGCAGCGAGAAGCCCACCUUGCUGGACACCAUGCUGUCCCUGAGCCCAGGGAUGUGGCCGGUGACCUCUGGCCCUCACACCUCAACUCUGAUACUCUCACCAACCCAUACCCGAACCCCGUGGUCCCCUGGCCUGACACGGGGGUGGAUCGGGGGUGAUGUCACACGCAGCUAUAGCAGUCAUACUCCCACUGAGCACACAGGCCAAGGCACCCAUAGGGUCCCCUGUCCACACAACGCCCCAGUUGCUAUGUCACUGGCCUCCUUCAGUAUCUUAUCUCCCAGGCCUGGCCUGACUUGCCAGCAGGAAGCCAUUGGUCUCCAGCUCCACGGAGAAUUUCCAGGCUCUUCUUUGAGAGUUGCCCUGAAGGUUUCAGCUCCCCUGAAGCCUUGGAGUGCUUCCAGGUCUCCCUUGACAGUUUCCAGCCCCGCCCCCUAGGAUUUUGAAGCCCUCCUCAGGGUUCCAGGCCCCACCCCUUGCAAGGAAGAGCCAGUCCAUGGGUGAGGGUUGAGUGAGCUGCACAAAGCCUUGGAGAGACACUUGCCCACCUAGCCCAGCUUGAGGCCCUUAAAAAUAUUAGUGGCACAUAAUAAACACAGCAAAAUUCCUUCAAA